AUGUCAGAUCGAUGCGAAGACAAGCCGGCGGCGAAGCGGGCACGCCACGAGGUCGACCCCGCCAUCACAUUCCCCUAUGAGCUCGACACCUUUCAAAAGGCAAGUAUCGACGCUCUCGAGGACGGCGACAGUGUCCUCGUGUCGGCGCACACGUCAGCCGGUAAGACCACGGUGGCACUCUACGCCAUCGCCAAGGCGCUGCGAGAGAAGAAGCGUGUCAUCUACACCUCCCCCAUCAAGGCCCUUAGUAAUCAAAAGUUCCGCGAGUUCUCCGAGAAGUUCGACUCCGUUGGUCUUAUGACCGGCGACACCACCAUCAAGGCGGACUCGGACUGUCUUGUCAUGACGACGGAAAUUCUGCGCAGCAUGCUGUACCGCGGGACCGAAAUGCUGCGCGAAGUGGGCUGCGUCGUCUUCGAUGAGGUACACUACAUGCGCGACAAGUCCCGCGGCGUGGUGUGGGAGGAGACGAUCAGCUUACUGCCUGAGGGAUGCCAGUACGUCUUCCUCUCUGCCACCAUCCCAAACGCGCGCGAGUUUGCGGACUGGGUGGAGAGCAUUCACCCAACCACGAAGGUGCACGUCAUUCACACGAACUACCGACCAGUGCCACUGCAGCAUUACUUGUACCCGGCCGGGGCCGACGGCAUCUUCCUCAUUGUGGAUGAAAAGGGCAAAUUCCGCGAGGACAACUUCGGCAAGGCAAUGACAUCGAUGGGGGCGGAGGGCAGUGCAAACGGUGCGGGGGCAGCAGUUCCAGGCAACAGCGCCUCUAGCGGCCCGCGCGGGAACAAGGGCGGCGGCGGUGGCCACCGCCGCGGCGGCUCUUCUCAGUCCAUGAUGGAGAUUGUGAAGCUUGUGAUGGACCGCAACAUGUACCCAGUGAUCGUCUUCUCCUUCGCCAAGGCGGAGUGCGAGCGCAACGCCCUCGCGCUUUCGCGGCUGAACUUCAAUAACACCGAAGAGGAUGCACUUGUGAUGGAAGUAUUUGGCAAUGCUAUGGAGUCGCUUGCGGAGGAGGACCGGAAGCUUCCCGCUAUUGAGCACCUUCUCCCGCUCCUGAAGCGCGGCGUCGGCAUCCACCACUCCGGUCUCCUUCCCAUUCUGAAGGAGGUUGUUGAGAUUCUUUUCCAGGCGGGUCUGGUCAAAGUUCUCUUCUCCACCGAGACCUUCUCGAUGGGACUUAACAUGCCGGCCCGUACCGUCGUCUUCACCUCUGUCAAGAAGUUUGACGGCGAGAAGAACCGCUACCUCACUGGUGGCGAGUACAUUCAGAUGUCGGGGCGCGCCGGCCGGCGUGGCCUCGACCGCGUCGGCGUUGUCAUUGCCAUGGUGGAUGAGGCAGUGGAGCCGGACACGCUGAAGCAGCUGACCGGCGGUGGUGCCGACGUUCUGCUCAGCAGUUUUCACCUGACCUACAAUAUGGUGCUGAAUCUGCUACGCGUCGAGGACGUCGAUCCCGAGUUCAUGAUGAAGCGCAGCUUCUCGCAGUUCCAGCGUCUGCGUGACAAACCAGCGCUGGAGGAGAAGUGUGCUGCUCUGCGCAGGUCCAUCGAGGAAAUCCACGUCGCCAACGAGAGCGCUUUUCGGCAGUACACAAUUUGCGAGGACAUGAUCUCGAAGAAGAAGGGUGAGGUGAACCAGAUUCUGCACCAACCCAAGUUCCUCAAGAACUGGGUGCAGGCGGGGCGCUUUGUGCAUAUCAUCCGCGCCUCCGAUCAGCUCGACUUUGGCUGGGGCAUCUGCCGCUCGUUUACCGCAAAGAACACCAACCCAGACUUCAGCGACGCCAGCACCUUCUCCAUUCAUGCUGCCGUGAUCUGCUUGAAGGCAGAUGUGUUGAAUCCGACUGCCCUGACGCCGUGCCCGGUCAGCGAGUACACCUCAGAAAAAGCGGACUUGUACACAGUGAUGUUUGACUUCUCAGACGUCCAGAGCCUUGCGACGCUCAAGACAAACCUUCCCGAAAGCCCAGACUCGGAGCGAGGGCGUGCCGAGAUGGUGCAGAUCCUGUCGAAACUGCAGCGUCAGUUCGGCAGCAAUGUUCCAGUGCUCACUGCUGCGCAGAUGGGCCCAGAGGAUGCGCAACUGAGUAAGCUGCAGAAACAAGUGUCGAACUUGCAAAAACAGCUCGAGGGUAACGUCCUUACCACCUCCCCUACACCAGAGCUGCAAGAGGAAUUUGAGCAGUACAAGAGAAAGGCAGACCUCGAGACCCAACUGGAGCAGGUGAAGGAUGAAUUAGCGAGCAUGGGCAAGGCUGUCUUCUCCGAAGAGCUGAAGCAGAUGAUGCGGGUGCUGCGUCGCCUGGACUACAUCGACAAGGACAACAUCAUCCUCCGCAAGGCCCGCGUCGCGUGCGAGAUAACGACGACAGACGAAAACGAAAUCCUGCUGACGGAGCUGCUCUUUAAGGGUGUGCUGAACUCCAUGGAGACGGAGAUGGUUGUGGCUCUCUUGUCAUGCCUCGUCAACGUGCACCGCACCCCGGACGGCUUCUCGCUGCCGCAGGAGUUCGAGCAGCCGCUGAAGGACCUCAACGAGGUUGUUACUCGCAUCGCCACCGUUAGCGCCGAAAGCGGGCUGAUGCAGGAGAACAGCUCGGUGGAGAAAGUCAUGCCCUCACUCAUGGAGGUGACCUACCUCUGGGCAAAGGGGGCGAAGUUCGUCGACCUUGUGAGCAAGACCACCGCGUACGAAGGUGAGAUUGUGCGCAUGAUGCGUCGUUUGGAGGAGAUGCUGCGCCAGCUGGCCUCCGCGGCGCGGUCGCCGGCCAUCGGCAGCAUUGUGUUGCACGACAAGUUCCUCAAGGGUGUCCAGCUUAUUAAGCGUGACAUCGUCUUUGCGUCAUCGCUGUACCUGUAG